UUGACCUAAUACUUCAUAUACUUUCAUAGCAUCGGUCAUUAAAAAGGAGUAUCAUCACAUCACAACAAAAAUAAAAUUAGAGAAUGAACCAAGAUACCGUAAAAAAAGGAGUUGCUAAAGGUCGCCCUUAAAAUUGCUAAAGGUCACCCUAAAAAGUUUUAAAGUUACACUUUUAACCCCCUUAGCUUCUUUACCUUCCCUUCCUCAAACAAACAUCACUUGGACUAAAAAACACUAUCUAAGGAGAGAAAAAUUCAUCAUCGUCAUUUUGAAGCCGAUAUCGUCGAUAGGACGUCUGAAUCAUGAGUAGCGACUCCGACGAGGUAAAAACAUUAACUGGAAAAAAAACACAGAAAAUGGGAACCGCGCAAGUGACCCGCGGUUGGACCAUGGCUGGACCGCAAAUGACCUGCGGUUGGACCAUGGUUGGACCGCAAGUGACUUGCGGUUGGACCAUGGCUGGACCGCAACUGAGCUGUAGUUCAGCCAUGGUCCAACCGCAUGUCACUUGCGGUCCAGCCAUGGUCCAACCGCAGGUCACAUGCGGUUCAGCAUUUUAUGGGUUUUUUUUUUCAAAUCAGUAUUUUCUAUUUUUUAUAUGAUUUAUGAUUUGUUCCAUGAGAUAAUUUGUUGGGUUUUGAUUUAUAUAAUUUUCUAGAUUUAUUUGCAUAAUUAUUUUUGGAAUUGAAGGAUUUAGCAUUAGAAAUUAAGAUUAGAUUUGGCCUUAAAUUAAGAUUAGAUUUAAUUUGGUCUUAAUCUAGAAAAUUAAGAUUAGAUUUUGCAUUACAAAUUAAGAUUAAAUUUAUUGCAUAAAUAAUAGAUUCGCAUAUGAAGUUAUGAUGAUUAUUAAAUUUAAUAUAGUUAUCAAAUUUUAAAUUUAUCAUAUCGUACUCGUUAAAUUGAUGAUAUAGAAUGUUAAGUUUUUUUUUUAAUUUUGUGGGGUAUCACUUAUAAAUUCUUAUAACAUUGCAGGAUAUUGGAAGUUACAAUCCGGAUGACCAUGAUUACACCUCGGAUUUCAUUGAUGGCGUGAAAUACACUACGAAGUUGCAAGCAUAUGAAGCAGCUACUGAGAUUGCCAAUGGUUUUGGGUUUUAUUUGGUGAGGGCAUCGAACAAAAAAAAAAUAAGAAUGAAGGUACUUGGCGACAUUACUUACAUUGCACCCAUGGUAGGAAGAAGAAGUCGAAGGAACCUGAUCCGAGUAAGGAAAGGAGGCCUCUUACAUCUACUGAAAAGUUAGGGUGCGAGUUUCAGAUCAAGCUUGAGCGGUCAGGUGAUGGAUAUUGGUUGAUCCUAGGGGUGGCAAAUACAAAGAAUCCUGGUGCUAAUUUGGGUUUCCACAAUCAUCAGUUGGAGCUAUUUCCGGAGGGCUCAAAGAGAAGGAAUGUUUUGACUACAGAGGAUAAGCAAUACAUCAGAGAGCUGAGAUCAGCCGGUGUCCCACCAAGGAAUAUCCACAAGGCAGUGAAUGAGAGAAAAGGUGCAAAUGGAACACACAACAGAAAGAAGAUUUAUAACGAGUUGCAAAAGAUAAGGAAAUAAGAGCUUGGUCAGAUGACAGCUGUACAGUAUACUUUCCGCGUGGCGCAUGAGAAGGGUUACUAUGUGCAGUAUAUGGACGAUCGUAACGUGCUUACACACUUGUUCCUAGCCCACCCUGAGUCAGUAGUGAUGUUGCGAGCUUGGCACCAUGUGAUCGUGAUAGAUGCAACAUACAAGGCCAAUAAGUAUGAUAUGCCUUGGGUUGAGAUUGUCGGAAUGACACCAGUCGGAUUGAACUUUGUCAUUGCAUCGGUCAAUCGCCCUUUGACCGCAGUCAGCCGUCAGUCAAACCGCGGGGCCAGUUCGCUUGGUACCUUCUCCGGUGAGCUCGCGAGCGGCGACGGGCGUCUUCUCCGGUGACGAUGCGAGCGUGCGACGGGCGGUGACGACGCGACUGGACGCGAGCGGCGACUGGACGCGAGGAUGAUCGGCGGCGACUGGACGCGAGGGCGACAAGCGGGCGGCGGCGCGGCGGGAUGAUCGGCGGCGACUGGUGAGAUCGGCGAGAAGCUUCGGCGGCGGCGAGAUAGGUCGGCGACGGCAAUCGGUUGGCGGCGGCGAGAGAGGAGUUGAGGGGGGAGGAGAAUGAAUUUGAAUUGCUAAG